AUGGGUGUCCCAUCCCACAAAUGGUCCAUGCAGGUUCCAUCAGACGUGACAGGGGAAGCCGGUGGGGGAGCUGUACUGCUCUGCACCUUCACCCACCCCCACAAGUAUUACGAUGGCAUGAUCACAGUAAUCUGGAGGAUCCGGGAGCCCUACAACGGGAGCCAGGUCUUCCGCUGCGUGGUACACAGUUCCAGUGACCAUUGCCAGACCGCUGUCAGCUACAAGGGCAAGUACAAACUGCUUGGCAACCCAAGACACAACAACAUCUCCAUCAAGGUUGACAAUUUGACCUGGGCUGAUAGCAACCGGUACUUCUGCCGGGUAGAAUUUGCUGGAGACAUCCAUGACCGCUAUGAGAGCAGGAAUGGAAUUCGGCUCCACGUGACUGCUGCUCCCAGGAUUGUCAACAUCACCGUAUUACCAGGCCCUGACCACAUUUUUAGUGCCCGAUGCACCGCAGAAGGAGAGCCCCUACCCUCCCUCACCUGGACUGGUCCCAGUGCUGGGAAUGGUACGUCUACCUACAGCCAGAGUCAUCAGAUCACCAAGGAGCUCCAUGCUCUGGCCCAGGAUGGCCGCUAUACCUGCACAGCCACCAACAGCCUAGGCCGGGCUGAGGGCAGUGUCUAUUUCUACAAGUUCCGAGCUGUGGGUGACUCAUCGGUACUUCUGACUCUCCUCUUUGCCCUCGGAAUCAAACUCUUACUGCUACUGGUGAUUCUGGGGGCCGUGGUGUACCAGAGCAAAGUGCAUUCCGCUGCCCAAGAGACCCUGUCACGGCCACAGGCUCAGGAAUCCAAUUAUGAAAAUUUGAACCAUGGCAACAACCGGGCCCCACCAGUGACUGCUGCCACGCAAUAA